AUGAAGACAAAGACUUUCUUUAUCUCAAAUCCAAGCUAUAGCACAAUAUCUGCAACAUUUUUGGUUAAAGAUAAUAACAGUAUCAUUGAAGACUCAGAAGACUCUGAAAACUCAGAAGUCUCUAAAGACUCUGAAAUAGAAGAAAAUGAAUAUAAUAAUUUAGAAAUUGUUGAAUGUUUUAAAAUUGAAAUUAUUUUGUGUUUAAGAGAUGAAAUAUUUCAACACAAUGAAUUUGAUACUAAUAGUGAAGAAUCACCAGAAGAAAGUACUAAUGAAUCUGAUGAAUCUGAUAAUGGGUCAGUAGUUAGUAAUAAAACCGGACAAGAUAGAGCAGAUGAGUGUGCCAAUAAUGAUCCAACUACUAUAGAUAAAGAAGAUAUUGAUGAAAAUUUGAGUGCUAUAAAAAAUAGUAAUGAAAAUUUUGAAUCUUUGCCUAUAGCACUCCAAAAAGCUG